AUGUAUGACAUAGAUUUUACGGUCCCGUACUGGUUUGUAAACUAUUAUCAUGUGAUUGGAGUAAUAUCCCUAUUAUUCGAUUCUUUUUCGAUUUACCUCAUUUUAUUCAGAAGCGAGAAAAUCGAUAAUUUCCGCUACUUUUUGCUCAAUUUUCAGCUAGCAUGCACAGUUACCGAUAUACAUUUGACUUUUUUGACGCAAGCUAUACCUUUAUACCCAUUAGUUGCUGGAUAUACUAUGGGCUUUCUUAGUCAAUUCGGAGUUACACCUCAUGUUUGCAUGACACUACUGGUCGCAUGCCUAAUAUACCAAAUCGAGUGUAUGAUAUUCUGCUUUGUUCGGAAACAUCAAACUAUUGCGAAAACGUUGAGAAAGUAUAUUAUGCCACGGUGGGUGGUUUGGUGCGUAUUAGGAUUUUUUAUUGUUUAUAUCUGUGCGGUUGUUGGAUUAUUCUCACAGACUCGCAGAGAUGAGAUGCAUCAAAUGGAGUAUAUUAGAGUGAACCUACCUGAGUACCUCCCCGGCUUUAAAAGUCUCCCGAACUUCUCCAUCUACGAACUCGACGCAUACUUUAUGGGCACAGUGGGGUUCGCAGCAGCCUUCGGGCCUGUUGUAUUUUCCUUGUGGUGCUUUGUCUUGGCUAAUAUAUUCCGAAUGCUUUCACUAUUGAAAUCUCAAAUCUCUGCCUCAAACUAUCGAAAACAUCGAGCCGCCAUCUGGAGCCUCCUGGCUCAAUUCGCCACGUCAUUGGUCUGUAUCAUACCGCCCAUCUGUUUCGUGUUCGUCGUGCUGAUAGGGAUCGAUGGAGCGCAGGUAAUCGUCGAGUAUCUCCUAGUCAUCGCCUGCUUGCACUCCUCCCUAAAUGUUACAGUACUAAUUUUGACGUUCCCGCCGUAUAGGAAAUAUGUCUUCUCAUUGAUAAAGCGGCAAAAAAAAGCUGCAAGAACCGGAGUGUCAGUGCGAUCCCUGAAGCCUUCAUCUAUAGUAGUUCCUUAA